AAGCCAUGGUAUUAUAUCUUACCACUAAUCUAUUCAUAUAAAUUUAAAUCCCAUCUCUCCCUUUGAUUUAUACAAUACAAAUCUUCUAAGACUAACAUAAUUAACCCGUAAAACAUGGGCAAAAUCGUCUUUGUUUCCGUUCUUGUUUUGUUGCUUUUGGUUAAUGUAAUUGCUCAUGUUGAAGACAUUUUAUCCGACAACUUUGAUCAUGGUUUUGGUGAGGUUGAAAAUCUUGAGUUUGAAGAUGAAGAAAUAGAGUUGUUUGACAUGCCAUCAUGGUCUAGUCAACGCGGUGGCAAGAUUUUGGUGAAUGUGGAUAGCUUUGGGGCUGCUGGAGAUGGAGUUUCCGAUGAUACCAAGGCAUUUGAAAAUGCAUGGAAACAAGCUUGUUCUACAGCAAAAUCGGUGCUUUUGGUUCCCCCUGGUCGUACUUAUCUAGUUAAUGCAACAAAAUUCAGAGGCCCAUGUUCUGGAAAGUUGAUUAUUCAGAUUGAUGGAACAAUUAUAGCACCAGAUGAACCCAAGAACUGGGACCCGAAAAGUCCUCGGAAUUGGCUGAGCUUUACUAACCUCACCGGUACCACUAUUCAAGGACAUGGAGUUAUUGAUGGUUCAGGCCAUAAAUGGUGGGCUGCAUCUUGCAAAAAGAACAAAACAAACCCUUGUGUCGGAGCACCAUCGGCAUUUACAAUUGAUCAAAGUUCGGCUAUAAAAGUCAAAGGUCUUACGUUCCAAAACAGUCAACAGAUGAAUUUUGUGAUCUCACACUGCCAAUCUGUGCGCAUCUAUAGUGUUCUAGUUUCAUCUCCCGAAGAUAGUCCAAACACCGAUGGAAUCCAUCUUACUGGAUCCACAAAUGUUGUUAUACAAAACAGCAAAAUCGCAACAGGCGAUGAUUGUGUCUCGAUUGUGAAUGCAAGCUCAAAUAUCAAGAUGAAGAACAUUGCAUGCGGUCCUGGUCAUGGAAUCAGCAUAGGAAGCUUGGGUAAGGAUAACAGUACAGGAAUUGUCUCGAGAGUAGUCUUGGAUACCGCAUUCCUUAAAGGCACUACUAACGGCCUUAGAAUUAAGACAUGGCAGGGAGGAUCUGGUUAUGUAAAUGCCGUACGCUACCAAAAUGUGAAAAUGGAAGAUGUAGCCAACCCGAUCAUAAUCGACCAGUUCUACUGCGAUUCACCUAAGAGUUGUAAAAAUCAGACAUCAGCUGUGGAAAUAAGUCAAAUAAUGUAUCUAAACAUUAGUGGAACUUCAAAGACCGCAGAGGCGAUGAAGUUUGCUUGCAGCGACACGGUGCCAUGCAACAACAUAAUAUUAAACAACAUCAAUUUGCAAAGGAUGGACGGUAAAACGGCUCAAACAUAUUGCAACUCUGUUACUGGCAUAAACUAUGGGCUCAUUGAACCUUCUGCUGACUGUUUGACUUCUUCUUCUGAUAAGUCAACUAUUGAAGAAUGUGAGGUCAACGAAUCCGAGCAUUUGAUACAUACUGAGCUUUAGCUCAACUUCCUCGAGUCUUAGGUACUCUAGAGGUUAUUUUAUAUAGUAUUUGGAUUUGCAUAUUAUACGAGGCUAUCGCGUGAAUAAGUGAUAGAUCAAAAGAUAUAUAUUUUUCUAGUUUAUUGAAAAUCUUGUAACAUAUACAUUUGCUGCACGAAAUCUCUAAAGGAGUUACUAUUUUGGUUGUUUCAACUUAUAUAUGGUCUUUAACCUUUGUAAUGUUUUCACAUUUGGUGUUAUAAACUUAUAAUUGUAUAAUAAAGUUGGCAUUUUCAUUUAGAAAAAA